GUCCAUUGCCGAAAGCUUUAAAGACUCCGUCCCGUUCAUGUCACCACACACUCUCUCUCUCUUAAUCUCAUCUCUCUCUCUAAAAAUCAUCGACAAUGGGUGUGAAUCCAAACUCCGAGCCGUCGAUCGAGAUCAACGGCCUAAAAUUCACCUACCCAGGAAUCAACGGCCACCCGCCGCCGGGCUCCAAGCCGCUGAUCGAGGACUUCAAUCUCACCCUCAAUGCCGGCGACCGAUGCCUCCUCGUCGGAUCCAACGGCGCGGGGAAAACCACGAUCUUGAAGAUCCUGGGCGGCAAGCACAUGGUCGAGCCCCACAUGGUUCGCGUGCUCGGAAGGUCGGCGUUUCACGACACCGCCUUGACCGGCUCCGGCGACCUCUCGUAUCUCGGCGGAGAGUGGCGGCGAGAUGUCGCAUUCGCCGGGUUUGAUGUCCCGAUUCAAAUGGACGUUUCGGCCGAUAAGUUGAUCAAUGGGGUUGCGGGGAUCGACCCACAAAGGAGAGCAGAGCUGAUAAAGGUUUUGGAUAUUGAUCUUUCAUGGCGGUUGCACAAGGUGUCCGAUGGUCAGAGAAGACGAGUGCAAAUCUGUAUGGGUCUGCUCAAGCCAUACAAGGUUCUUCUGCUAGACGAGAUAACGGUGGACCUCGAUGUGCUAGCAAGAGCUGACCUUCUCAAGUUCUUGAGGAAGGAAUGCGAAGAGCGAGGCGCCACGAUCAUUUAUGCUACGCAUAUAUUUGACGGGUUGGAAAAUUGGCCCUCGCAUAUCGCUUAUGUUGCGAAUGGGAAGUUGCAGCUAGCAAUGCCAAUGGAGAAAGUUAGGGAGAUCUCCAAGUUGUCACUAAUGAGGACAGUCGAGAGUUGGCUGAGGAAGGAGCGUGAGGAGGAGAGGAAGAGAAGGAAGGAGAGAAAGGCGAAGGGUCUUCCGGAGUUUGAGCAACCAAAUGAGGGAAGCGGUGAUGUUCGUUCAGUGAACAAUGGUUGGGCAGCUGGACGCCUGAAUUCCACCAUUGCCGGAGAAGAGAACUUUGUCUUCAGCUCAAACAGAGUUCUCAGGCAAUAAUAGAUACUUUGUGACUCAAAACCAUAGUGAUGGUAUUCUCACUCUGAGUCUUGGUGUUCUUCGUUCUUCUGGGCGUGGAUGACAACAGAAUUUGAAGAUGCAUCCAAUGGAUCGUGACAUUUUGGGAUUGUAAUUGGUUUGAUGUGUGUGAAUAUGUGAGGAAAUGCCAUGAGUUUGGCUUCUCCUCCAUAUAUAUAAUUGGAUUAUUUGCUUGUAAUGUAGGUCAAGUCCCAGAGCUCUGGGACUUAGAAUCCUCCAUCUUUCAAUUUUAACAUGUAUACAAUCGUAUAUCUGAAAGAAAAAUUAAUAAAUUUAUUAGUUAUUACUUUA